GUACAUAUUCGUCAACUUGGCAAGGUGGUAGAACUCCAGAAAGUUAUCAGCUAGCGGUAGUUCGGUAAAUUGAUUUCAGAAUUACUUUCAACUAGUCUCCGGCUAUAAAUAUAAUGUAUAAUCGUAUCGUGUUGGUUUGUUAUAUACCAUAGAUCAGUGGGCAGUGUGUGUGUUAAAAGCAAAUCCUAAAGGGUGCAUCUGUGAUACCACUUAUUGCUCAUGAUGCAUGAACCCAUUGGUUAUUCUGAAACUCUUUGACAGAAAUGAGUAAAAAACAUGCACGGAUUGAAAUGGACCUGGCUUUUGGAUCAGCAAAGCCCUAUGGAUCUUCGAGAAGUAUUGUAAGAAGAAUAGCUUCAAAUCUUCCCAUUAAACCCUGUCCAAGGGUUCAUUUUCAGCUUUACCCAUACACUGAGAAUACAGGUGUCCUUAUCAGCACCAGAAGGCAGAAUGGCCUGGUGGCCUCUCUGGCUGAUGUUGCCUGGAUUGAUGAGGAAGAAGAGGAUGACAAAGAUUACUUUGACAGACCCAGGUCAGGAAUUCCACCAGGGUUCAUGUUUCGAGCUCAACGCCCUCAUCCUCAGAGAAAAUCUCUUCCCCGUCGGAGGUCGCUACCUAGCCUGCACGAGGGAGCUCCAGACCCUCAGGGGCCAACAGUCGCAAAUGAUGAGGCGAUUCAGAAGAUCAGUGCACUGGAGACUGAACUUGCAAAACUCAGAGCUCAGAUAGCUCAAAUCGUGAUAGCUCAAGAAAGAACUGCACAGUCAGCUGCUACCACAGGGGGACCUCCCCCUCCACCUUCUGCUAACCUGCCUCCUCCUCCCCCUCCACCUCCACCUCCUCCGCCCCCAGCCCUGGGUCUACAGCGGACAUUUUCAGCCAUUGAUUUGAUAAAAGAGCGCAGAGGGAAGAAGACAGACAGUCAGACAGUUGUGGAAUCGAGGCCAGCAGAAAUUCCCAACAUGCUUGAAGUCCUGAAGGACAUAAACAAAGUUAAGCUGCGAUCUGUGAGGAGUCGUCCAGUGGAAGAUGAUGCCAAAGCAAAGUUGAAGGAGCCUACAGAUGCUGCAGCUCUGAUUGCUGAAGCCCUGAAACGCAAGUUUGCCCAUCGCCAUCGACACAACAGUGAACGGGAUGACAAAGAAGAUUUCAAAGUUCCCAUCCAAGUGGAGCCUCAGACCGAAACCCCACUGUUUGGGCAGCACAUGCUGAAAUCAACUGGAAGAAGAAAGUUGCCGUGAAAAUGUUAACAUGAGCUUGAGGUCCAGAUGUUUUGUGGUCACUUUGAAGCGCGUUAUCGACCGUUUAGCAGUGAAACAACGAAGCCUUUUGCUUGACUCUGUCUGGCAGGCCCAAGUACCCAUCAUCUCAUAGUGUAGUAUAUGCUUAUCAUCCUAAAUCUUCACUGUUGCACUUUCAUAAAUUAGACCAGCUCUUUGUUUUAUGAGGAUUUUGUUUUUGGGUUCUAAGAAGUAAAUGUUAGAGGAUUAUUAGUAUUAUUAAUUUUGUUUUUCAAUUUGCGUUUUUGACAUUUUUGCACAUAACAUGGGUGAUCAGUUUUAUGUCCCCAUUUUUAAGGGUGUGUAAAAGCCUAAGUGUUUUUCAACCAUGGAAGAAACUUUCAGACAAGUAAAAUGACAUUCUGUAUUUUUUUUGUUAAUUCAUGUUUGACUCGUAGACUAAUUUAUGUUUGGGAUUUGUCUAUUUAUGUUGAGGCUUUAAUAGAUCAUUUAAUGUUUUAACAGUUAUGUUCUAGAUAUGUCCAUUUCUAAUACUUCUAGUGCUCCUGUGCAAGUUGUAACCCAGGCACCAGUUUUGCCUUCUCUUGUGUCAUUUGCUGGUACAAGUAUAUGCAGUUUUAGUUUUUUAUAUGAUUUAGAGCCAAAGUCAUGAUGCUCUGCAAGGUUCUGCCUUGUCCUGCCAAAUUGAGCUUUGACAUUGUCUUCCCGUUCUUUAUUUUCGAGUUAAAAUUAUUCUUAAAUUAUUGAACAUUUUAACUGUAUUAGGACAGUUAUAUUUCUUGGUAGUUUUUUUUCAAUUAUCUGUAUUCAGCUCUUUCUAUAGGAGCUGUCUUGUGACUUCUAUACUGACAGCACAUUUAAAGGUAAUGGGUCCUACGGCACCCGCAAUCUUCAGUAACCCAAAAGUUUGAAUUGUGCUUUCACAUCAGCAAUAAUCACAUUUUUAUUUGUUUGGAAAUUUGACACUAAUUAAAUUUUGAGUUGUUUGAAUUUAAUACAUUAUUUUGUUUAAAGUGAUUUGCUGCACAUUUGUACAAUUUCUGAUCAUUGUUUAAGCUUGUGUAGUAGAUGCUUUAUGUCAACACGGUUGCCUUUUUAAAAGGGAUGGUGGGCUGGGUGCCAGUAAUGGUGAUUUCAGUUUUACUCUUCAAGAUGUUGUAGAAGAGUUGUCACAGAAAUUAAAUCAUUAAAUCUCAAAACAAUUUA